AUGGUAUUUCGGAGGGCAACCGCAUACAUAAGCUUGAGGCCAUGCCGUCAAUUGCAUGCCUCCUGCUUCAGAUUAGAACCGAAGCUUAAUGCUGUUCCACCGGCCAAAACUAGGAACAUUGGCAUCAUCGCUCACAUUGACGCUGGAAAAACUACCACGACGGAAAGAAUGCUCUUUUACAGCGGUAAGACGCUGAGAAUCGGUAACGUGGAUGAAGGCGAUACGGUCACCGACUACUUGCCUUCUGAGAGGCAAAGAGGUAUCACGAUCCAGCUGGCGGCCAUCUCGAUUCCUUGGAACAGGCACAAGAUUAACAUCAUAGAUACUCCAGGACAUGCUGAUUUCACCUUUGAGGUGACAAGGUCUCUUCGUGUUUUGGACGGUGCAGUGACUAUACUAGAUGCCGUUGCUGGGGUGGAGGCUCAAACAGAGAAAGUAUGGCGCCAGGCGGCUGCCCUUAAGAUACCUCGCAUUGCAUACAUCAACAAGAUGGAUCGGCCGGGUGCCGGUUUCAGCAGAACUGUGAAGGAGAUUAUUGCAAAGCUUCAGACACGUGCUGUCUGCGUAAACUUGCCUUACUUUGAAGAAAUCGACUCCGAAUUGAAGUUCAAAGGAGUCAUAGACGUCAUUCACAAAAAGUUGCUUCUAUGGGACUCUUCAGCGAGCCAAGAUGGGACUAAGAUCAAGGCUUUGGAUGUGUCGGAUGGCUCUGCCGGUGAAAAUAUUCGUGACAUGGUGGCCAAAAGUAGAGAAUCCAUGGUCGAAACGUUGGGGGAGUUUGACGAGGGCAUCAUUGAAUCAUUCUUUGAACACAAUGAGGAUUACAUGGCCAUCCCUGCCUCGAUCUUGCAAAAGUCCAUUGCAAAGUCCACCCUAGCAAAUGAAGUCACUCCAGUGUAUUGCGGCCUGAGUUUCCGUAACAUCGGGGUGCAGCCUUUGAUGGACGGCGUGGUAAGUUAUUUGCCUUCUCCUUUGCAAAUUGAGGCUCCAGAGAUUACGUCCACCUCCAGCAAAGUGGCGAAGAAAAGAAAGAAGGUACAGAAAACGAAGACCACAGCAACGGCAGAAGGGAUUCCCUUGACAAUGGACCCACAUAAAGGUCUCGUUGUGAAUCACAACCACAACUUGACUGUUGCGCUUGCUUUCAAGGUUAUAACCCAUCCUGCUCGAGGCGUAAUGGCCUUUUUUAGAGUCUACAGUGGAAAGCUUGCAGCUAACUCAACGGUGAUGAAUACUAGAACUGGAAAGAAAUUAGCAUUACGUAAAAUCAUGCUUAUGCAUGGUGACACCCCCGAGGAAGUGAGCCAAAUUUCUGCAGGCAAUAUUGGUGUGGUGGCUGGUACCGAUGACGACAUCAUGACUGGUGAUACUCUCGUAUCCCACGGAGUCACCCAUUCCAAGACCUUCAGUGACCUUGAAGCUAACUUAAGGCUUCACCCGAUAGAGAUUCCGCCUCCAUUGUUCAACUCAUCCAUUGAGCCUGCUACCGCUGGUGAUGCUCGUUACAUGAAUGAGUGCAUCAAGGUGCUCUUGAGGGAGGACCCAUCAUUGCAUGUCAGUGAAGAUGAGGAUAUGGGUCAAACCGUACUCAGUGGAAUGGGAGAGCUUCAUCUCGAGAUUAUCAGGGACAGGCUUUUGAACGAUAUGAAAGCUGAAAUUAGAUUGAGAGAUCUCGCGGUCUCCUACAAAGAGACCGUAGCUCGUCCAAAUGGAAUGUCACUGUCUUGCGACCACUUUGAUAAUCCUGAAAUCAAUGCAACUGUUGUAUUUGAUGCUUUCGAAGGGGAUGUUAACGAAACACCAUAUGCUGACGAAGAUGGAGCCAUAAUCUUAGAGCACGAGAACUCCGUCAUCAUCUUGGAGCCCACUGCUACACCAGCCUACAUGACAAGUGCUGUUAAAGAGCGCAGGUGGAAGCUCGAUUACUCACUUGAAGAGCUACAGGACAGUUUGAUUCAAGGAUGUACCACAGGUCUCCUGAUGGCCGGUCCACGUUUUGGGCUCCCGUUGCAUUCUUGUGUUUUACGUAUCAAGAGCUGGAACUUCCCCAUAGAGGACAAAGGACCGCAGCCCUCUGCACUACUUGACGUUGGUCGUCGAACCGUGUCCAAGGCAGUUAAAGAUCUCAGCAGUUUAUCGGAGGAGAACUUUGGCGUUUUGGAGCCUAUAAUGCAUACAAGAGUUCACGUCGAUUCUGGGCUGAUGGGGGAUGUGAUGCAUGACUUGAAUAAUCGCUGUCUGGCAACCGUUUUGGCAGUUGAAGAUCUGGGAGACAGCCUAGAUAAACAAAAUUGGGCUCGUGAAGAGGCGGAGAGAAUCUACUUGCCGCCAGACUACACAAUGAAGCUGGCCAAUCAAGAUUUGACGGAGAGAAAAGUCAUUAUCGCAGAGACACCAUUAAAGGAAAUGGUAGGUUACCUUCUGAAGCUUCGUUCCAUGACUCAAGGCAGAGGUGUCUUUGACAUGUCUUACAUUGGAAUGAGAAGGGUGCUGAGGGAGAGACUCGACUCCAUUAAGAGCCAACUCACAUUUGUAUAA